CACACAGAGAAAGAGAAGAACGACGAAGAAGAAGAAGAUCGUAGAAGAAGAUUGAACGACUGAAGAGUGACGAACGACGAUUUAACGACCGACAUUCGCGUGACCCGCGUACGACUGUGUACAUGGACGACCUACGAGAAGGAGCCGACAAUAUUCCACCACUGACUGAGCAACAACCAAGAAUGCAGUGUUUGGAUGAUAUAAACGUAUUCUCACCGUUAGUAUCGAUCCCGUGUGAAUCAUCUGCUAAUUCUUCUCAAAUACUUUACACUCCUCAAGUUAAGAUUGACCUAAUACCGAAAAUCAACCAAGAGUUUGACAAUUUAGAUGAUGUUUGGAAAUUUUACAACAAUUAUGGUAAAGAAGGUGGAUUUGGUACGCGAGUGAGUUCUAGCAAGAGGAAUAGGGAUUAUGAAGUCAUUAGGAAGGAGUACGUUUGUUGCAAAGAAGGGGUGAAGAGGGUCCAAAAAACUAGUGAACCCGUUACACGGCGUCGGGGGGACAGUAGAGAGAAUUGUGGGGCAAAAUUGUCUGUUGUGAGAAACCAGUCAAGUGGAAAAUUUGUUAUCUCCCAAUUUGUCGAGGGUCAUAACCACCAUCUUGCGUCUCCAAGGAGGACACAUUUAUUUCGAUCUCAUCGUAAAGUGUCAGCUGCCAAAAAGGCUUUAAUAGAACAACUAUCAGCUGCAAAUGUGCGAACCUGCCAACAAAUGAGUAUUUUUGAGUUACAAUCCGGAGGUCUACAAAAUGUUGGAUUUUUACAAGAAGAUCUUGAUAAUUUUAAAAGGGAUAUGAGGAAAAUGUUAGCCGGACAAGACGCCAAUAUGUUGUAUGAGCAUUUCCAAAUUGAACAACAAAAGAAUGCAGGUUUUAUGUAUACAAUAGAGAAAGAUGAUGAGGGGAGGAUGACUCAUUGUUUUUGGGCGGAUGCCACCUCUAGAAAAUCGUACCAAUAUUUUGGCGAUGUUGUGGUGUUUGAUACAACGUACAACACAAACCGUUAUGCCAUGAUCUUUGCACCUAUAUUAGGGGUUAAUCGCCACGGGCAGACUACUCUUUUUGGGUGUGGAUUCUUAAGUGAUGAAACUAGUGAUUCUUUUGAGUGGCUUUUCAAGGAAUUUUUGAAAGCAAUGCCAGGAGGCCCGCCCAAAAUGAUCAUAACUGAUCAGGAUCCGGCAAUGACUAAAGCAUUUGCUAAUGUUCUUCCAAAUACGCAUCAUAGGUAUUGCAUUUGGCACAUUGUGAGUAAAUUUUCUGAAAAAAUAAGUGCCUUAUCCUAUAAAGAACAUUAUGAUGAGUUCAAAAAUUGUAUAUGGAAUUCCGAGACUCCUAAAGAGUUCGAAGCUAAAUGGAUGGAUGUUGUACAUAAAGCUAACUUAUCCAAUAAUGAAUGGUUGAAAGGGCUGUACCAAAUCCGUGAGAGAUGGAUUCCUGCGUAUAUGAAACACAUGUUUUCUGCCCACAUGACUAGUAGUCAAAGGGCUGAGAUUUCUCAUGCAUUCUUCAAGAGAUAUGUAUCUGAAAAUAAUUCAUUGUGGGAUUUUGUGACAUGGUUUGAUAGGGCACUUUCAAAGUUACGUCAUAAUGAGUUGGAUAUGGAUCAUAAAGAUCUUAAUGAGAAGCCUCCAUUGAAAACAGUAGCACCCAUGGAGUUGACAAUGAGUGAAUUGUAUACACAGACCAUAUUUUACAAGUUUCAAGAUGAACUACAUCAAAUUUUGGCGUAUGUUAUUACAAUGACACAUGAGGAUGAACGCCGUUAUUUGUACAAUGUUGAGAGGGUGAAGGUGAGUGGUUCAAGGGUUCGUCAAAUUUUGGUAGAGAAGUCAUCAAAAUAUGCAAGUUGCAGUUGCAAGAUGUUUGAAAGUGACGGAAUCCCAUGUCGCCACUUGUUGGCGUUCUUCAGUAGAAUGCAGAUUAUAGAUCUGCCUAAUGAGUACAUUUUGCGGAGGUGGACUAAAUCGGCGAAAGCUAUGAGAGUUGUAGAUGACUUGGGUGGGUCCGUCAAAGAAAUAUGCGACACUUCUUUGUCAGAGAGGCGAAAUAAUCUCUUCCAACUUGCUUCUAACGUAAUUGAUGAUGCCGUAUUAACUGAAGAUGGAACUCAAAUUUUGGAAGAAGCUUUGUGUUCGGUUCAAAAGAAGUUAUGUUCCAUGAAUCUUGGAAGCGAAGAUGGCAAAGCGAGUGCUAUCCAAGUGUCUAUUUCUCAUGAACAAAGUUUCAAAGAACCGCUUAAAGUUAGGGCAAAGGGUUGUGGUAAGAGAUUGAAGGGAGGAAAAGAGAAGGCGGUCAAGAAGAGUAGGCGUUGUAACGGUUGUGGGUUAACCGGACAGUCGCAUGAUAAAAGGAACUGUCCAAAACUUCAGAACAUAUCUUCUCAAGAUGUUAGGUUGAAUGAUGACGACGACGACGACGACGAUGACGACAUGGACUUUGUCGAUGAUUGUAAGAUGAUAGAAUUGAAUCUGCUGGAAUGUAACUUGGGAGAGACUUGGGAGAGACAUGUAUUUUGGGGGAGACUUGAGUUUGCUGGAAUUCUUUCGUCACUGGGUACUUUUGUCAUUUGA